AUGGGCAACGUUUUUUCCUCUCCCCAGACCGACGGUGACCGAGCCGACCUCGAGCAAAAGAUUGCCGACCAGAAGGAGACCAUCACCGCCCUCGAGGAGGACCUCUCCAAGAAGGAGAAGGAGCACACCGUCCUCUCCAAGGAGGCCGAAGACCUCCGCCAAAAGGUCAACGAGCUCAGCAACAACCUGACCUCUACCCAGAAGGAGACCGAGGCCAAGAUCCACCACCUUCAAUCCGAGCUUGCCUCCACCAACGACAAGGCCGCCCAGCAGUCUCUCGCCGACAAUGACGCUACUGCCGCCGCCACCACCGACCUCGAGGCUACCAGGAAGGAGCUGAGCGCCCUCCAGGACCAGCUCGACAAGGUCCAGCAGGAGAAGAAGGCUCUCGAGGAUGACCUCACCGCCAUCAAGGAGCAGCUGGCCGAGGCCAAGAAGGAGCGCGAGGCCCUCGAGACCUCCCUCCGCGAGGAGCUCGCCGCCCUCAAGACCCAAUUGACCGACGCCGAGGCCGCCCAGACCACCCUUCAGCAGACCCUCGAUAAGAUCAAGGCCGAUGCCGAAGCCGCCUCCAAGACCCUCACCGAGAAGACCGAGGCCCUCUCCACCCUCGAGGGCAAGUUCACCACCCUCGAGGGUGAGCACACCAAGCUCAAGACCGACACCGCCGCCGAGAUUGCUGCCGCUGCCGACAAGUACACCGCUUUGCAGGAGGUCCUCGACAAGCUCAAGGCCGACACCGACUCUGAGCUCGCCGCCGCCAAGAAGGAGUUCGCCGAGGCACAGGACAAGUUCACCGCCCUCCAGUCCGCCCACGAGAGCCUGAAGAACGCCUCCGACGGCGACGUCGCUGCCGCCCAGAAGGAGCUUAUCGACACCCAGGAGAAGCUCACCACCCUUCAACAGACCCUCGACAAGCUCAACGCCGACUCCGCUGCCGAGUUGGAGGCCGCGAAGAAGGAACUUGCCGACUCCCAGUCCAAGUUUACUGAGCUUCAGGACUCUCACGACAAGCUCAAGACCGGCUCCGAGCAAGACGUCGCCGCCGCCAAGAAGGAGCUUGCUACCGCCGAGGAGAAGCUUGUCGUUCUUCAGAAGACCAUCGACGAGCUCAAGGCUUCCUCUGAGGCUGACGUCUCCUCCGCCAAGAAGGAGCUUGCCGACACACAAGAGAAGCUUGCCGCCGCCCAACAGAGCAGCGACAAGAUGAAGGCCGACUCUGAAGCCGAGCUCGCCGCCGCCAAGCAGAGCCUCGCCGAGUCUGAGGAGAAGCAGAAGUCCCUGCAACAAGCACACGAGUCCGAGAUCGAGGCGCUCAAGAAGAGCAUCGCCGAGGCCGAGGAGAAGUACACCCAGCUCCAGCAGGCCCAGGAGAGCUCAAGCAGCGAAGUCGAGGCCGCCAAGAAGAGCCUUGCUGAGGCCGAGGCCAAGUACGCCGAGCUGCAGCAGUCCAAGGACUCCCUGAGCACCGAGCUCGAGACUGCGAAGAAGACCGCAUCAGAGUGGGAGGAGAAGUACAACAUCCUGCAGAAGACUCAGGAGACGUCUGUUGCCGAGCUCGAGGCCGCCAAGAAGAGCGCCGCCGAGUGGGAGGAGAAGUACACCGCCGCCCAGCAGGCCCAGGAGAAGGCUCAAUCUGAUGCCGCCACCGAGCUGGAGGCCGCCAAGAAGAGUGUUGCUGAGUUGGAGGAGAAGAACAAGGCCCUUCAGGAGUCUCACGAGAAGGCCCAGUCUGAUUCCACCACCGAGCUUGCCGCCGCUAAGCAGAGCCUGGCUGAUGCCGAGGAGAAGUCCAGCGGUCUGCAAAAGGACAGCGAGAAGGCCCAGUCUGAUGCUGAGGCGGCCAAGAAGUCUCUUGCUGAGCUGGAGGAGAAGCACACUGCCCUUCAACAAACCCACGACAAGGCUCAGGCCGAUGCGACCGAGGAGUCUUCUCGCUUGAGCAAGGAGCUGACUGAGCUUCAGGCCAAGUUUGCCGACCUGGAGAAGUCCUCUGAGUCUGCCAAGGAGGCCUCCUCUUCUGAGCUUGAGACGGCGAAGAAGGAUGCUGCUGCCGCUGAGGAGCGCGCAAAGGCUCUUGAGGCUGAGCUUGAGAAGCUUCGCGCGGAGUCCACCACAACCACCAAUGGCAACGGCAAUGGCAACGGCAAGAAGAAGAAUGGCAAGAAGGCCAAUGGCGUCAAGGCGGAGUCGCCCAAGGAGGAGACGCCCAAGGAGGAGGUUGUUGCCGCUUAA